GCAGGAGUGGAAAGACUCACUUAUCUGGGUGUACAGAGGGUGGGCAGUUACCAGAAGAGUUGACAAAAGUCUGCACUGUCUAUACAGAGUCCUCCCACCUAAACCCAGCUUACCCCUACCUCUCUCGCUCAUUUGCUCUCUGUGUGCUUUCAUUAACGUACCAGUCUAGGAGCAGUGAGCAGAAGUGUCCGGCCAGGAACCAUGGGCGUCAGUAGCAGUAACAGCGGUUUGUCUAGGCUCGUCUUCAUUGGCGCUCUGGCCAUCUGCAUGGCUUUUGUGCAGUCAGAAACAGUUGAUGAUUCCUCACCUACACUGAAGUAUGAUAAUCAGGACACACUAUCCGGUGCUGGAGGCUUCGAUGUGACAACAAAAAUCCCUGUUCAAGACCCCAAAGAAAACACCCACACCUAUGAUUAUGAAGAUGCUACAUACUCCAUAACCCUGGAUGAGGAGGAAGUUGUGCUGGGGCCAGGUGCCAUCACAGCAAUCGUCAUCGCCGUGUUCCUCGGAGCCUCUGUUCUUCUCGCUCUCAUUGUGAUCACGCUCAGAAAGUUCACUGCCUCUUAAGGGACAUUUAUGUGUUUUCAUUUCCUCCCUUCCUCAAUCCCAUCUCUUCUUUUUACUCUUCUCAAACUGUAUUUUCAAGUGUCUCGUUGGUGGCAGGUCCUUUGUGUUUUUUUUAUGCUAUAAAACUGAAGACAGAGAAAACCAGAAUCAGGUUGAACAAAAAAGUAACUGCAAUCAAGAGAAAUUAUGGAUGCAUUUGUUUGGUGACCAUAUAAUCAAUGUCGAUAUCCUCUUGUAAUAAGGUUUAGACUGAAAUAUUUCAAGGUAGAAUUAUUAUAUUAGAGACACGUUUUAAGAUAUAGUUUAAUACCAUCCAUGUGCAACUAGGUUUUUUUCAUACUGUAUUUUAAUGUAUACCAAUAUUCUUGUCAUUCUAGAUUUGAGUAGAAUGAUCAUGUCCUUUAGAGUUUAAGAUAAAGUGUGUGUACAGUAUGAAUUAAGAGAAAUCAAAGCAGUCUUUCAGAGUGAGUGUUUUAAUUGAACUUUUAUACAUAAACAGAUGAAUCUGUUUGUCACCUUAUGAUUGGUCAUUGAACAGAUAAAGAGACAAUGUUUA